UACACGUUGCAACUGGGCCAAAGGCCUCAGAUUAGAUGGUGCUGCGUAAAAAUGAUCUUCAACGGAUCCCUUCCCUCCUCACCCUUCCCUUAUUAUGACGGCGGAUUGAAGAACAGGUGCGAGGCCAAGCAUUCUAUCUGCAAAAAACAGAAGACAUUUACAACAUACAUGGUCCAUUUAUCAAUUAGUGGCUAUUUUACUCUGCCAGUCACAUGAUUGUACAAUGCCUGAUGUUGCCAGUUGCACUGUAUUUGACAUACUUUUCAAGCUUGAACGAACCCACACAGUAGUCGAGAGAGCAAUAGUGAGAGAGGGAGAUAUAUAUAUAUAUAUAUAUAUAUAUAUAUAUAUAUAUAUAUAUAUAUAUAUAUAUAUAUAUAUAUAUAUAUAUAUAUAUAUAUAUAUAUAUGUGCGCGUUUUAACCUAUUUUAACCUAGCAAGUUUACAUCUGCAUUUUAUUUGAUUCUCUGUUAAGAGGCUCGAGAACAACAAGACAACUGUUUCCCUCCCCAUCCACCUCAGCAAACUUCAGAAACGGGCGCUGCGUGUAGCCUAAUCAUUUUGGGGAACUUGAUUUUGGCUUCCUGAUUGCACACGUUCCGCUCUGUCGCCUGUUUGCGCCUUCUGAUCGCGUUCGUUCCGCUCCAUGAAACCACUGUGCGAGUCUGUAGCAGAUUUUCAGUUCAGGUUUCUGUUCAUCGAAGGAGGGUUGAAGUGAGAGGCGACUGUACUGUGUUCUGAUAAAUAUAUCCGAAAGUUUCAUUCUUCAAUCGGCCCGGUCUCCAUCAACAUGUCGUCGCUGCCCAAGCAACUACGAGACGAGAGUGAUUUUGACCAGCUUCCACACGACAUUCCCAUCAGUGCCACCAUCGCAGACAUUGAGGAGAAAAAGGGCUUCAUCGACUAUUAUCGUUUUGUGAUGGAGGUAAGGACCAGAGGUGGUAGUAAGUACCUGAUCUACCGGAGGUACAGCCAGUUCUUCAACCUGCACAGUGACCUGGAGCUGAAGCAUUCACCUGGAGACCAGGGCACAUCUGGACCUAACACCUGCAGGCUGCCCACCCUGCCUGGGAAAGUGUUCAUUGGCAAUAAGAAGGAGAUUGCAGAGAAUAGAAUUCCAGAACUCAACACUUAUAUGAAGAGAUUGCUGGGCCUGCCUACCUGGGUUCUAUUGGAUGACGACAUCAGGAUGUUUUUCUACCAGACUGAGUCAGACAGUCAGCACCAACCACGAGCCCUGCGUCGCCUCCGGCCCCCUACACGUAGAGUGAAGACAGUCAAAACCAACCAGACAGAUGUCUUCUCCUCCCCCAGAGCUGAGGUGGUCUUUGACUUCAGUGGGAGCGGACGACUGGAGCUGAGUAUGAAAGCUGGAGAGGUGAUCUUCCUUCUGAGGAGAGUUAACACAGACUGGCUGGAGGGCACGGUGAGCAAUCGAACAGGUAUCUUCCCAGAAUCCUUUGUGAAGAUCAUUAAGCCCCUCCCAGAGAGUGACUCUGAUGGCGAGAGCGGUGGCGCUUCAGGUAAAGGGGCGGGGUCUUACAGCUGCCUGCGCUGCUACCUGCUCACACCCCAGGGCGUCGACACCAGGGAUGUGUGUGUUGAAGAAGAUAUCUCCACCCAGCCAUCAUACAAAGAACUAUUGGCACGCAUGAGAGAUGUGUUCAAGGUGGAUGGCAACAUCGCCCUGAACUACCGUGACCCCGAGGGUGACCUGGUGCGUCUCCUUGACGACGGGGACGUGGCGCUGAUGGUGGCCGAUGGGCGGGCGCAAAGGUCAAAGGUCAAGAGGCCUGUCAAUCAGUUUCCGUGGGAACUGCAUGUUACCGCGGCCUCUGACCUGUCUGUGUAUAAUACUGAGAUAUAAAGAGAGGGAGAUGGAGGUUUUCACAUGUUUCUGUACUCCCUGAAGAGAGGCCAUUUUGUGUUUGCUUCAGUGUGUGCGUAUGAACGCUUGCAGGUGCACCUGUCUGUCCGUGCCCUUGUGCAUGUGAGUCUCGCCAGCUUACAUCCGUAAUCCACUGCAAACCUGCAUGUAGUAGUCUGGACUGAGACCCAGUGACAGGGUGACAGACUUUAUUACAGAAGUUAGUCUGAUUGAGCAAUGUGAAUGCAACCUAAAAGGCACACUAGGCCCUACAUAGUGCACUACUUUUCACCAGACUCCUAUGAGGCCGGUCAAAAUUAGUGCACUAUAUAGGGAACAGGGUGCCAUUAGGGAUGACACCGUAGUCACAUUCAUUAGUAUGUCUGUGUUUGGUGGCUUUAAACGUGUAACAUUUCACCUGUACUGUUGAGUAAAUGUUAAUAUAAGGACAUUUAAUAACGUUUUAGAAACGCGUGUUCUAUUUCUCCAUAUAUUCUGUUGUGGUCGUAGUAAUGCUUAGCUAUGCUCCCAUUGUGUUUUCUAUCAGUAAAAAAUACACUAUUGAAAUAUAUAAGUGUGUGUGAGAAUA